UGCGAUAAGGACAUAGAGGUGGUUAGAGAUCGGCUACUGUUUCGCCGUUAACUCCCGAGUCAGCUGUCAUCGCUUCAACAACGGACCAUGGAUCGGAGCAGCUUAAACAGCGACGGACUGCUAGCGCCCGCAGGCACUCACGAUCGCGUCAACCACUGGAGAAACAUUGGCGCUUUCUGGUGGCUGGGCCUGUGCAACAACUUCGCCUACGUGGUGAUGCUGAGCGCAGCACAUGACAUCCUGAAGCAGCAGGAGACCAACACACUUCCGACCCCCCCCUCUCCUCCCCCCCCAGACAACAACAACAGCAGCAACAGCAGCAGCAACAGCAGCGGCCGCUAUGACUGCAACCCUACAUCUACUGCGGCUGUUCUGCUGGCUGAUAUACUCCCCACACUCCUCAUCAAACUCUCAGCUCCCUUCUUCAUUCAUGCAGUGCCUUAUGGGUUUCGUGUGUUGGUGUGCAUCGUCACGGCAACAGCCAGUUUCCUCCUGGUGUCCUUCUCUACGUCGGUGUGGAUGAGCAUUCUGGGUGUUAUCUUUGCCAGUGUGAGCUCAGGUCUGGGAGAACUGUCCUUCCUAUCUCUCACAGUCUACUUCAACAGGGCGGUGCUGAGUGGGUGGGGCUCGGGGACAGGUGGGGCAGGUGUGGGCGGAGCCUUGCUGUACUCGGGGCUCACCCAGGCGGGACUGACGCCACAGGUCACCCUCCUCUGCAUGCUGCUGGUGCCCGUCGUCAUGGCGAUCAGUUACUACUUCCUGCUGGUCUUCCCGCCCUCGUUCCCCCAGUGGAGCUCAGGGGAGGCGGAGCCAUCUGUCUUUGUGGGCGGAUCCUCUCAGGAGCACCGCCCACUCGUGGAUGAAGAUGAGGAAGAGGAGCAGGAGGCUCUGGGUGACGGCACAGAACUGAAGUCAACAGGAGCCCUCAACUUCACAGAGAAACUGGUCAUCAUCAAGGGUCUGAUUCGGUUCAUAGUGCCUCUGGCGGUGGUCUACUUCGCUGAGUACUUCAUCAACCAGGGACUGUUGGAGCUGUUGUUCUUCCCAGAGUCCUCCCUGUCCCACGCCGAGCAGUAUCGAUGGUACCAGUCUCUGUACCAGAUUGGUGUGUUGGUGUCGCGCUCUUCUCUCUUCUGCCUGAGGAUCCGCUGGGUCGGGGUUCUGUCUGCACUACAGUGUGUGAACGCGGUGCUGCUGACGAUGGCGGUGUAUUACCAGUUCCUGCCGGCUGUCUGGGUCGUCCUCAUCAUCGUCUUCUAUGAGGGGCUGCUGGGUGGAGCCGCCUACGUCAACACCUACUACUCAAUCAGCACAGAGACAGGUGAUCGGGAGCGUGAGUUCUCCAUGGCUGCAGCGAGCGUCGGGGACAGUCUGGGCAUCUCCCUCUCUGGAGCCACCGCCCUGCCCCUCCACCACUACUUCUGUUCCCUCUAACACACACACACACACACACACACACACACACACACACACACACACAC